AUGCUCCGUGAUCCACGCCAAUUGGAAGGCAAAGCGACGUCGAGCAACGAAAUGGACACGUCGCCUCAGCAACCAAUCUUUGCAGCUACGGGACAGCUUGAAGAUCCCGUUGUAUUUCUUCCAGAGGAAAGAGCCAGUCGUGUAGAUGGUUAUAGGGAUGCCACAUGCCUUAUUGACAGCAUGCUCGCGUCAGGCUCAAAGCAGACCUACUCCCUCUCCAGUUUGCCAGAUGAGCAGGCAACACCUCACCCAAGCCCAGCCACCACGCCAGUAACGCAAACAUUGAUAGCUCUAUUCGCAUUCCUGACCUACCAUCAAGCUGUUAGAGCUACACCCAUGCACUUGGCGCGGGCGCUGGUGGUUGACCACGGUAUCUCAGGCGCAGCUCUUUGGGCACCCCACUUGUGCUUAUCUGCGUUCAUCAAAAAGAACUCCUGCGAAGUUUUAAACCUACCCUUUGGCUUUCCGCUCAUGUCCAACACUGUUAGAUCGAAGUUACGAACCAUGAUGGUAGGCAUAAGUUGUACCAUUGCUAAAAGUUGUAUCGGUACCACCUGGCGCAGAAUCCAAGAUGCCCCGAUAACAGUUUCCGUACCUAACGGCCAACCGGUCCAACUUCCAAUCAGUUAUGCCAUAGUAUUUAACUGCCUGUUUAACGAACUACCUAAAAAAUGUCAAACGAUUUUCCGUAACAAGACAUCCUUCUCCAUACCUGGACACCAGUAUCAUGCAGUUUCCUGCUUGGAUCCGGGCACCAUCUUUUCGUUUCGGCAGCUUGCAACUGGGCUGUUGGGGGCCGCUGCCUCUGCCGGUCACGUGCAAGUUGUGGCCCUGGCCCUGGCUCUGGGUGCAUCGGGCAUGGAUAAGGCCCUUGUGGCCGCCAGCGCGGAAGGCCAAGUUCAGGUGGUGUGGCUGCUGCUGGCUCGGGGUGCGGACCCCAACGCCGUGUCCGGCUCCUUAGCGCCAUCGGCGCUAUUCAAGGCUGUGCAAAAUGGCCACACAAACGUAGUCAAGCUGCUUUUGGAGGCAGGGACGCAAGUUGACGGGCCCUGCAUCGCUGUGCCGUUGUUCAAGGGCCGGUCGUACGCCGCUACCGUACUCCGUUUCGGUGCACCGGCAUCUGCCGCCGCCAACCAGCCGCUGCAAGCUUACGCCCUGCGUCAGUGGCCGACUGUCGCAAGCUUGGACAGGUCUUGGCAUUUCGGAGCGGCGAAUGACGGCAUGCAGCCGCUUCAGAUGCCUGCGACCAGGACCGCUGUCACGACAGCUCCAGCGGCGGCUCCAGAUCCGAGUCCACCGUCACGGCGAGGCGCGCUGCAGCCGCAUGUAGCCCUCGGGACCGUCACUAGCAGCAAAAUCUAUGGCGUGGACGAGCCGGGCAAGCCAGCAUUCAAUGAUCUGAAAGCCUCAUCAUCACAGUCAACUGCUGCCGUCACCUCCAGGGCCGACUGUAUGACUGCGGCGGCCUCCAGCACUGCCGCCACUGUCGCCAACGCAUCGGCCUGCACUUCCUCCUCCGCCUCCUCCUCCUCCUCCUCCUCCCUGGUGUGCUGUGAGAUGCUCGCUUACGAUGAUGCUUUCCCCGUCACUGUUCCCGCUGCCAUUGCUGCUGUGCCAGUGCCAGCAGUAGUACCGUCACCCUUCUCCACUGUCGUCGCCAGCAGCACCACUACCGUUCGCGUGCCAACAAGCACCGUCGUGUCCGGCUGGGACAGCGAUGAAGAUGAUGAGGAUCAUGACAUUGACGAACAGAAGGUCAACGACGGCGCCAGCGGUGGUGAUGGCCCCAGCCACGACUUCCAGCUGUGUUUUAGCGCUCGAGUCGAUGACAGCGGUCCUGGGGCCGCACCCUCCCCCCAAACACCUGAACAGAACCGGCGCGAUAGUCACCAGCGGACCCCGCCGCCGCGCUGCCGGAAGCCGCCGCUGCCCCCGCUGCCACCACGACCACCGCGGCCACCAAGGCGCCGGCUGCUAGUAUCUACACCGCUUCCGCCCCUUCCGCCGCUUCCUCCACUGCCGCCGCUUCCGCCGCCAAGCGCUGUGAUGCCGCCGCUUCCACCGCUCCCGCAGCUACUGCCGCCGAGCUGCCGGCACGGUGGCACGAUCUCACUGCUGUUGGCAGCGUGCCGUUGCGGUCACUCCGCUGCCGCCGCGCUGCUGCUCCGCCAUGGCGCCAAGGUGGACCGUGAGGGCGGUUCAGAGCUGCUCCAAGCCGGACACCCGCAGGUUGUGGAUGAGCUCCUCCACAUGGUACCAGACCUCCGUGUUCAUCUGGACCAAGCGCUCGUCGCCGCGGCCAGCGACAACCGCGUGGCUGUGGUUUCGGCUCUGCUGCGCCAGGGCGCGGAUCCCGUCUACAGAGGGGCCUUAGCGCUGCAAGAGGCGGCCUUUCUGACGUUUGUGCGUUUGUGCCUGCAGGGGCACCGUACUGUGAUAAAGCUGUUGCUAGAGGCUGGCAGUGCUGGGCUGCGAACCAGCGGAGCGCUUAAGCCAAUCCUGGAGAUGGCCCGCCGCUGCUGUCGCCCAGAUGUACUGCAGCUUCUAGCGGAUGCUGCCGCCGUACACCCGUAG